AUGAAUUCAAGCGGAAAUAUUCCCAUUGCAAUUGUUGGUAUCGCUGCUGAGCUACCGAGUGGCAGCUGGAGCAAGCAAAACCUCGAUUUCAAAUCAUUUUCCAAAUUCUUGCUGGAAAGCGGAGAAGCUUACGAGAAGAUCCCCCUGGAACGAUUUAAUAUCGAAUUUAUUCGUGGCGAUGGUAUCGGUCAAGUUCACACCAAUACUGGAGCGUUUUUGAAGGACGUGAAUCUCUUUGACUAUCUUGAAUUUGGAGCUACGGCAAAGGAUGCCCAUCUUAUGCCUGUGGCGACUCGCAAGUUAAUCGAAUCGUCAUUCCUUAGUCUACUCGAUUCCGGGAUCGAUUACAGGGGCCGGAAUAUCGGCUGUUACAUGUCGGGUACCGCGCACGACAUUUUUUCGAUAUCAGGCCAUCUCGACGCAGAGGCACAAGGAUCCUUUGCAUAUGCGCCUGCGAUGAUCGCAAAUCGUGUUUCAUAUCACCUUGAUCUCCGAGGCCCAUCCGUUCCUCUGGAUACAGCAUGUAGCUCUACUGUCUAUGCCACGCAUCUCGCCAUCCAGGCUAUUCGUGAUGGUGAAUGCGAGGCGGCCGUAGUUGGUGGUUGUCAGAUCAAUAAUAGAUUUUCUGAAUGGCUAUUGUACUCGCGGGGAGGGAUACUCUCUUUUGACGGGAAAUGCAAACCAUUUGACGCGUCGGCAGACGGAUUUGGCAGAGGGGAAGGGGUAGUAUCCAUGGUGUUGAAGCCACUCAGCGCGGCGCUUCGGGAUAAUGAUCCGAUCUACGGUGUGAUUCUGGGCACGGGCGUUAAUUCAUCUGGAUCACUUGCACCAGUGAACGCGCCGGUCGCAUCUGCGCAAGAGGACGCCAUGUUGCGCGCAUUUUCACAGGCAAACCGCCGACCCCAAGAUGUGGAUUUUAUCGAGUUGCAUGCUACCGGCACUGCACAAGGCGAUCCAACGGAGGCGAACUGGGUGGGGGCGAAAUUCAAAAGAGAUGGUGAGAUCUUAGCGGGAAGUGUUAAGGGGAAUAUUGGUCAUACUGAAAUCACGGCAUUCCUUGCAUCAAUGUGCAAAGUCUGUUCUAUCUUUGCUACGGGCAUGAUUCCUCCUACGGUCAACUUAAGGUCUCCUAAUCCCGCGAUCAAGUGGAAGGAAUAUUCACUUCGAGUACCCGUGACGCCGGAGCCUCUGUCCCAUCACCCAGCUUCCACUGCCCCACUCGUUGCAAUGACCAGCUCUGGAAUUGGAGGUGCAAACGGACAUUGCGUUGUUGAAGGGCCCCCUCUUCGCAUUUAUAUACCUUCGACAUUUUGGAGAUGCAAUGACGCAGCAUUCACUUUCACUCCCCCUUAUUUACUGAUUUCCGGAGGACUUUCCCCUCGGUCUGCCACAGCGGUUGCGGAUAUGCUUACAUCACAGGCACCCACAUUGCCAAAUGUGCUCCAUUCAUUCUCCCGAAUGCUCAGUCGGCGAUCACGAUCGAUGACUUGGAGGGCCUACGCCAUAGCACAUAAUGGCGUCCUUUCUCAGUUCAGUAAACCUAGUCUCAUUCCCAAGACUCCAACGCCGCUCAUUUUCGUGUUUUCGGGACAAGGCCCUCAGCACUGGAACAUGGGUCGUGAACUAUUCAAGACAUGUAUUCCUUUCCGACGCACAGUAAUCGAGCUAGACGAUGUGCACAGAAGCGUAACUGGAAAGUCUAUGAUUCAAGACUUCAGCCUCUUCAGUGAAGCAUCUGUCGACGAUCCCUUCGGCUCAGUUUGGCCUAUUGCUGUCAGCCUCCCUGCGCUUACGAUCCUUCAGAUUGCGUUGUUUGAUGCGUUGUCCGAACUGGGGAUUCAUCCUGAUGCCGUCAUCGGACAUUCUGCGGGAGAGACGGCUGUCCUUUAUACUUCUGGCGCGGGGAGCAAAGCUCUUGCAGUCGAGCUAGCAAUCGCGAGAGGGAAAGCCAUGUCACUUCUAGAAGAUUCAAACGGGACCAUGGCCGCCCUUGCCUGUUCUCCUUAUUACGCUCACGAGAUAAUCUCCGGGGCCAUACGCAACCAGCAUUGCACAAAGGUGGAAAUCGGGUGUUAUAAUGCUCCCGAGGCGGUAACAUUGUCUGGCUCUGCAUUACAGAUCGACUUAGCAGUAGAGUAUGCGAAGGCAAAGGGAAUUUUUGCCACCCGACUUCGCACCAAAAUCCCCGUCCAUUCAUCCAUGAUGGAACUUUGUCGAAAUGAAUAUCAAACCUUGGUCGGUGAGGUAUUCACUCGAUCUACCGUGAAACAGCCCUCCGUCAAUGUCUUCUCUACCCUUUCUGGUGAGAAGUUCAAUGCAUGCUUCGAUGCCCAAUAUUUCUGGGAAAACACACGGAAGCCUGUCAAAUUCACGUCCGCUAUUCAAAGUGCGCUCUCCGAGCAUCCGGACGCGACUUUCAUCGAGAUUGGGCCUCAUCCUGUCCUUUCCAGCUAUAUCUCGUCUAUCUCUGCGACUGGUACCGCGAAGGUGGUGUGUCCGCUCAGGCGAUCGAAAUCAGCUCAGGCUCUUGGGGAGAUCACGGAGUUCUUGACUUUCCUUGGUAGACUGGUCAGUACGAGUCAUAUCCGCGUCAACUUCGAUGCGCUCUAUGGCACUACUCCUUCUCUUGAGCAUUCCGCGCUGUCGUUUCCCUUCUCAAAGCGAGAAGUGUCGUAUAAGGCGCCCACCUUUGAAACACAGAGACAGGGCCAAGUGCGGAAUGGCCCCUUGAAUUAUCCUCAGCUACAAGUAAACGCCAAGACGCAUCCGGGCCUCGCGGAUCAUGUCAUCAAAAAUCAGCCGAUUAUGCCCGCGGCAGGAUACAUCGAGAUGGCCCUUGAAUUCGGGGCCAGAAAGCUGUUUGAUAUCAAUUUCCAUUCCAUACUUUCUCUGUCUUCUGAGCGCCCCACUCCGGUGAAUGUCAAGCUAGACGGCCCGUUCUGGAAUGUAUCCAGUGCAUCUGCUACGGAAUUUACCACUGUAUGGCCCCCAACUUAUAACCGUCUUCAUGCUAGCGGUCACCUCUCAAUGACCACUAAUCCAGAGGACGGGGUUCAUCGUCUUCAACUUGAUUUGAUUCGAGCUCGGUUAAGACAGAUUGACAUGAAGGGAUUCUACGAAGAGUUCGCUAAUUUUGCUCAGUAUGGACCAACAUACCGAAGGAUCAUCUCUUGGAGUCGGGGUCGCGAUCCGCUUGGCCGCGAAGAAAUCCUUGUGAAAUUGAGGGGAGCAAGUGAAGAUCUAGAAAAUAUUUCAGACUACCGCUUCCAUCCCGCUAUACUGGAUGCCGCAAUCCACAUACUGGUUCAUCCAGCAGUCACUGGUGUUAGGAAUGAAUCCAAUUAUUACCUUCCAGCAAAGAUCGGUGUCUUUACAAUGCAUCGUGCCUUGGAUGCGAUACCAUUUCCACGCAUAGUCUAUACACACGCUACAUUCGUGCGAUGGUCUCUCGAAUCGCUCGUCUACAAUGUUUCCGUUACAGACGAGACCGGAGAAUGUAUCUGCACGAUCGAGGAACUUGAGGUUGGACUUCAUGGGCAUUCGAUCACUCGUCCUAAACGUGGUUUCCAAGUGGUUUAUCGACGAGCGGAUUAUGGGCACACUCGUUCUAGGACAGAACGCGUACCAUCAGGUCUAUCUGAGGCCGGGAUUUCAAGGCCUUUUUCAUCGGACAACAUUAUUUCACUGGAAAGCCCUACCGCCAUUGGUAAUAAUGCCCAUCCUGCGCACGCAUCUCUAAAUGUGGUUUAUUUAAGCUCAACUGUCAUCGUCGUGGGUUUCAAGAGAGGAGAGGAAAUCAGUUUACAACCACUGGUGUCCAGCAUGGAUCCUUUGGCGACAAUUUCGCUUUGGUUCACCGCGACCGAAGGAAUUGACGGCGAGGCUUCUCUAGGAUUCACUCGAUCACUUCGAAGAGAGUAUCCUUCAUGGUCAGUGCGGCAUAUUAUCUUCAGUACGAAGUGGACUUUUGAGGAGCGCGUGGAAGAAGUUCGAUAUCUCGCAUCUGUUCCUCAAUGUGAAGACGAGACGUUGGUUCUCGCAGACGGGUCGAUCGUCGUUCCGAGGAUCGAGCAAUUACCAAUCCUGAGGACCAAUGAUGAAUUUGACCCUGACAAACCUUGGCGUUACGAGAUGUCAACACUCAAACACAUUCGUGAUCCCGACGUCCCAGACGAUCACGUAUUGAUUCGCAUCAUCGGCAUCACUUGUCGAACAGGAUCAGCAUGGGCUUUUGUGGGUCGAGCUGACGACAGUCAAAAACUGGUCACAGGAAUUACGUUCGAUCAUCCAACAAACGUCGUCAUUUCCCACAUCGGAAGCAUAGCCGAACAUACUUGGUCUUGCACGGAAGGAGCAGCAAGUGCUCCCCAUGUUCUGGCAUAUGUGAUCGCUGUCCUUGCUAUCGGCCAGGCUGCAUUCUUGCAACCUCAUCGUCUGAGACGAUCUCAGAUCGUAGUAACUCAUUCGGACACUGAUCUUGGCCAGCGCAUUGCCGAGAUCUACGAAGAUAUUCACUUGCGCGUAGUCGCAUUUCCUUCAUAUGCAUGUACGUCAGAGAUCCAACAGGCCAUCUCACGGCGCCCCAGUGUCGUCGUAUCUGCCACACUUGAUGAGCCAGUUCAGUUGAAGUUGCAUACCCUAUCCGACUCUACGAAGAUAUUCCUCUGGAACGAUCCUUCAAGCGGGAUCAGAAAGCUGUUGGCCGAUGACCCAUGGCUCAUCGGAGACGCACUGCGGUGUGCAAUUUCAGCAUGCCCUCGCAUGACAGAGGCUAUCACACCCUCGACAGAUCUACUUCCGGCUUCUUGUCCCGCAGUUGUAGAGUCGGACCAUAGUCUCUUUAACCGAAGGAAAGCAUAUAUACUGGUAGGUGGUAUCGGCAGUCUCGGGUUGCAUAUUGCGCUCUGGAUGUACAAGAAUGGAGCUAGAGAAAUUGUGUUGACUUCUAGAUCAGGACUACAAUCACUAGCCAAGAAAGAUGAAUUCAUCUCUCAGCGUCUUCUUGCGUACCUCAGUAGCUUGCCAGACCUUACAUUCAGAACAGAAGCGGUGGAUGCGCUGUGCGCGAGCGCCAUGCACAGUCUAGUAAAAUCACUCGGGGACCGCUUGGGAGGUUGCAUGAUUCUCACAACCCUCUACAACGAUUGCACAUUCCUAAUGCAAACAGCAGAAACUUUCGAAUCAUCGAUUACAUCGAAAGUGGGGGUUAUGGAAGUUGUAGAGCGUGUUAUUGAUAUCAGUGCCUUGGACUUCCUGAUUGCGAUGUCGUCAACUGUCGGAUUGUUCGGUAAUGCGGGUCAAACUAAUUAUGCAUGUGCCAACACAGCUUUGUCUGCAGUAAUUCGAAAAUAUCGCAAUGCUAUAGCAUUUAUCUCUCCGUUCAUUACCGACACCGGGUUCCAUGUCAAUAUCUCGACCUCAGAUCCACUUCAAUGGGCGCGAUUCAAGCAUCUGUAUCCCUGGGGAAUGACAGCCGCGGAACUCUGUGACUACAUUGGAGACAGCAUUCGCAACUUGAGCAAAGGGUCUGUUUGGCAGUAUGUGCCAGACUUCAACUGGAACCUUGUUCGGCAAUGUCUGGGCUCUUCCCCACUCUACGACCACCUGAUUACCGAGAAUGCUCCAAAUCCACUGGAGGGAGAGCAAGAGGAUCAGCCGUCGACGCUACGUGGUAUUGUAUGUAAGAUUCUUGAUAUCGCGCCUAACGACCUAUCUGCCGACGUCCCAUUCACCACAUACGGCCUUGAUUCGCUCUCAGCCGCCUCCCUCUCACAUUCUCUCCGGCCGAUCAUGACCAUCACCCAAAUUCAGCUGCUCGCCGACAUGACUUUAGCGAGUCUCGAGUUUCAGUUCGCCCAGAAGCGUGAUAUCGCUUUGACUAGCCUUAGUGACAGUCACGAUACCUUGACGAAAGAGAAGGUCGAAGAAAUGCUUGAUAUGGUCGAAAGGUUCGCUACAAACCUGCCAUCCGGUAUACGACAAUCACAAGGGCAGUCCUCAACCCCGGCAGUGCUCAUCACCGGCACAACAGGUAGUCUGGGGGCACAUAUGCUCUCUCAUCUUCUACAACAUUCGCUGUAUCAAAUAUACGCCCUGAUACGCGUGGAUUAUACUCAGGGAUCCGCAAUCCAAAGACAAAGAAAUGCAUUCUCGACGCGUGGCUUGAACGAAGAUCUGCUGCAAAUGAGCAACCUUGUCCUAGUGGGAUGUGACUUCCUUGCAACAGAUCUGGGACUGUCUGAGAAACUUCUGUCGGAGAUGACCCAAUCUGUUACACACAUCGUGCAUCUUGCGUGGCCGAUAAAUUUCGACGCUCAGCUUUCCACUUUCGAGCCAGCAAUCCAAGGUCUACGAAUCCUCAUUGAUUUUGCGUCUGGAUGCAAGAGCCAAGUCAAGUUCACCUUUGCCAGUACGGCAGGAAUUUUCAGACGUACGAUUUCGGCUAACUUCCCGCGCACUAUGCCGUUGACUAUUAUUCAAGGUCUUCCCACCUCCGUUUCUGCAGCAGAAGUUGAGAUAGAAGACCCUGCUGUCGCAGUUGGUGCCGGAUACUGCGAAUCUAAAUGGGUGGGCGAGCGCCUGCUCUGUAUCGCAUCCGAGAGGGAUUUGGUCCAAACGACCAUAGUGCGUGUCGGCCAAUUGACCGGUGGUGCGAAUGGUGCAUGGCGAACUUCCGAAUGGAUCCCUUCACUUGUUUCCACGAGUGUUGCACUAGGAUGCCUGCCAGAUGGUUCUGGAAGCGUCUCAUGGCUACCGGUUGACACGGCCGCCCGAGUAAUGAUUGAGUUCAUGCAUUCCCUAGAGCGAUUUUUUCAUCUCCGGCACCCCCGUCCUGUUGCAUGGACAGACAUUAUGGAGCAUAUGAGGACCUUCUUGCGAGUUCCUCUUGUCGCUUAUUCGGACUGGUUCACGCGCCUUGAUCGUGGCUUACCUUCAGCCCACAAUCAAGAUGCCAUCCAUUAUCUCAAGCCCGGACUUCGGUUGCUCGAGUUCUUCCGUCUUCCAUUUGAUGUUGGGAAGCCGAAGCCUGAUAUUAUGAGUGCAAUCACACAUGAUAACUUGAUGGAGAAUGCACUCAAAGUCUCCGGCAUUCUGCGCGAUCCAAACCUACCGCAGCUCUCCGGAGAAGACGUAGAAAAAUGGCUGAAUUAUUGGACGACAGUCGGAUUCCUUCCUAGGGAACCAACUCAUACCUAA